AUGGACCACCAACCUAGCAUCCAGAUUCACUCCUCAUCAUCCUUCUCUAUUAACACCUACCUCCCGCCCCGUGAAACACAGCGGCAGUACCAUGAACUCAUGUCGUUAUUUCACCACCAAGCUGUAGUAUCGGCGAUACGGAAGCAGCAGGCGAAUAUCGAUCCCUCGCUAUUGGGGAAGGGCGUGGGUGUAGAGACUGGGGAGUAUUCUAGUGGAAGUGCUGGUUACGGAGGUGGAGAUGGGGGGAUUGUUGAUCCCCGGCUCUGUGGCCCCUUCACCUUGGAACCGGUGGCCGCGGCGGAGAGGCACUUCCUUCAGGAUACCCAUACCAAUGUGGGGUGUAUGGAUGGAAUCGCGAUGGAGGGCAGGCCUGUAGGCGAGAUGCGGCAUUAUCCCCGUCACGGACAAGAGUUCGUUAACCCCAUUGAACACCACAAGAAGCCAAAUUCGGGUGGUAAUGCAGACAUCAUUGCGGCAGCCGAUACCCCAUCAGGUGCAGCUGUUGCAACGGAGCCCGGCAGUGACGUUGCUGCCAUUACAGACACAGCUCCGGAUACCGUCAGCAUCAUUGGCGGCGCGGAAGAAGUUGCAUUGGUAGUCCAGAUACGCCGCUCGAAGCGCAAGAAGGCCGUGAUUCCCGUCGUAGGGAGUGCAGCAGCGAGACAGACCAAUGCAACCGGUUCCAAAACGGAGACUGCGGCGGCGGGGCAAAGUCAGAAAGUAGCUGUUUCCGUCGAGGGAGCUAGUCCCAGCGACAAAAGCGUUCGCCGAGAUAUUUCCCCGCAGGAACAGAGACCGAAAAGGCCUUAUGCUAGACGCACCAAAUCUCAGCCUAUCUUGCCGUCCAUCUCCGCAACCGUUCCCGUCCCCGCUGCUCCAGAGCCCACUCCCACCGUUCCCUUCCCCCAUAAACCACGCGGCAAGCGCGACAAGACACCCGCGUGGUACCUCGACAGUCCCAGCUCGGCCAGCGUCGAUGAAGCGGUGAGGACGGCAGCGGGAACGUUCCGAUGCGAGGUGUGUGGGAAGGAGUGGCCGUGUCGUGCGGCACUGCUGAGGCACUCGUAUAAGCAUACGAAGCAUUUGAAAUAUAGGCGGGUGGGGUGUGUGCCUGCUGAGGGCGGUGGUGGGUUGGUGGAUGAAGAGGAGGAAUGA